AUUGAUUGACAGUUUUGACAACUAAUGAGAAAGCACAAUGGGAUUAGUUUCUGCUGAGGGGCGGGGCUUAGUGUCCAGCUGGAGCUACAGAGUCUGAGACUGAACAGUGAGAGCAGCCUGAGUGAGGGCUGAAUGAGAGAGACUUGGUGUAUAGUGAGUGAAAGUUGUUCAUUUCUCAGGGACCAGGAUGACCUCUCCGUGCCCACGCUGCCACGCUCCUGUCUUCUUUGCUGAGAAGGUCAGCUCCUUGGGAAAGAAUUGGCAUCGCUUCUGCUUGAAAUGUGAACUGUGUAACAAAAUCCUGUGUGCGGGCGGGCAUGCAGAGCAUGAUGGACGUCCAUACUGCCACAAACCGUGCUACGCUGCCCUAUUUGGUCCAAAAGGAGUCAACAUUGGGGGUGUUGGAUCCUAUAUCUAUGAUACGGUACCACAAACUGCACAGAGCCCUGUGUCUGUUAGCAGCUCUCCGACUUCCAUUGGCCCAAAGUCUGCCACGAAGGCUCUGGCUUCGGUGAAGACAUUUGCCGGGGAGACGGCCUUGUGCCAGGGCUGUGGGAAAGUGGUUUAUUUUGCCGAGAAGGUGAUGUCGCUCGGCAGGAACUGGCACAGGCCGUGUCUGCGCUGUCAGCGCUGCAAUAAAACCCUGACCUCGGGAGGGCAUGCGGAGCAUGAUGGAUUGCCGUACUGCCAUGUUCCCUGCUAUGGACAUCUAUUUGGCCCUAAAGGUGUGAACAUCGGAGACGUGGGCUGCUAUCUGUAUGACUCUGUCAGUGAGACUUCCAGCUCUCCAACACACGCGUAGCGCCAUCCCGUGCACUGGAGGAAACGUUGCCUCCUUACUUCCAUUUCAUUGGUUCCAGGUUCUUAUCACAAACGUGCCGGUCUCUUUACUGCUAGAAGGAGUCCUCUCUUGGCUGUGGAACCUUUCACUGAUACUUGGUUGUGGUAUAGCAAAGACACGCAGAGCUUUUUUUUUACCGUGUAUCCAAUGUCCCCUUCCGUUUCCUCAAUACAGACCUCCGUCAUCAGAGAAAUGUUUUUAUCUGAAUUUAGUUUGGAUCUUGUGUUCUCCAUUUUGCUGUGUUGUCGCGGCGGUGUGCUUUUAUUGUGCUAACUCCUGGGAGCAUUGUACCCCAGACUGCGUUCUGGUGGAAUAUGUGUACGGGGUUAAGGCUUUGGGGCAUAAUCUAAAAGUAAGUCUAUUAAAAAUAAAUCUAUUUGUAACAUUGGUGUUUUCUUUUAGGUACAUGAAGUGCAGUCCUCUAUAAAAAUAAGAUGUGUUUUGUUAUUCCACUUUAUAAAAACAUUUGUUGAUAAAGACAAUAUACCAUUGAUAAAGAUUACUACAAUUCUA